ACUUGCGGUGAAUGGGUGAAACGAGAUGAACACGCACUUUUAUUCUGUAAUCAGUAGCCCAGAAGAACUUGGCCUCUUGACAAGAAAGCUUAAAAAAUUCAAUAACAUAAAACUUCGAUACACUACCAAAACGAUACAAUACGAAUCACUACGAAUCUUUCGUGUCAGUCAGUUGCCCGCGCUUUAAGACAGCUCACAGACUUCGCAGACGCACAAGGCACGGAGCAAAGAGUUUCAAUUUCCGAGUACACAACGAUUUAUUUAACUAUGCACAUGACGUAAAUCAACUGCUCACGGUUUCAUCCAAUCGAAAGCUGGAACGUCCCCAUACUCCAUGUCACUGUAGCGACAUAUUAACUCCCGUUUCGAUGAUAUUGCAGCAGCUGAUUUACGUUAAGUGCACUACUACAUAAAUCAUACUGUCUAAAAGUCCCGCCAAAGUGCUAACCCAUAAAAUGAAAUAUUCACCUUGGAAUGAAAAUUACAUGUAACAUUUCAUAAUAAUAAGGGCACUUUUACUGUCGGCGGCAAAAGAAUUUGAAAUAUGGAAUCCCAAAAUUGUCUUCAUUUAUUGAGCUACAGUCAUCAAAUGUUAAAACAGAUCCUACCCUGACAUUUGUGAACAUCAGCAAGAAUAGUGCAUCGAUGAGUGAAUUUAUAACAAUUCAAGUCGGCCAAUGUGGAAAUCAAAUUGGUAACUGCUUCUGGAAAUGUGCGGUUCAAGAAUAUGGCAUUGAUUUAUUUCAUUACAAUCGUCACUCCAAUUCUCAACAGAUUCCAAAACUUCCUGGCAUGUUUGAAUCAUUUAGUAGUUUUUUUUGUUGUCCUGAAAAAAUCUCGUACAAAAAAGAAUGUCUACAGGCCCUUUGCAUUGAUAUGGAAGAUAGUGUGGUUGCACGGUUUCGGAAAGGUUCUCUUCGAGGACUUUUCAAUAAUGAUUGUUUGUUGACCAAUUAUCCAGGAUCUGGUAAUAACUGGGCAGAAGGCUUUUUCUCACAUGGGUCACAUCAUUAUGAAGAUAUUUCUGAAAGAAUUCGAAAAGCUGUUGAAUGUUGUGACGGGCUUCAUGGAUUUUUACUUCUCUAUUCAUUGGGUGGUGGUACAGGGUCUGGUCUCGGUUCUAGAGUAUUGUCUUUAUUAGAGGACCAAUAUCCUCACAUUGAUAGCCAGUGUCCCCAGUCCUAUGAGGAGUAUUACAUGAAGCCUCACUACCAGGAGCACUUACAGGUAAUAUCAGUCCUUGCCAAAAUAUGUUAUGAUUUCAGAUUAAAGAAAAAAGUAAGAUUUCCUUCAUGGAAUCAAGAUGCUGUGAAAGUGGGAAUGUGUUCUGUAGCACCUCCAUGGCACAAAUUAUCUGCAUUAGGUCUCUUCAAUUCCUCAUCAUUAGCCACUCUUUUUGAAGAAACAUCAUUCCAGUUCAAUAAACUCUUUCGUAGGAGGGCACAUAUUCAUCAUUAUACCAAAGUAGAUGGAUUUGAAAUUGCAUCUUUCUUUGAGAGUUUAGAGCAACUUCAAGAUAUCGCAGAAGCUUACAAAGGACUUGAAACUCAUCAACCAGUAAUUCCUCAUAGGUUUAAAGUUCUUUAAGUUUUGUAUAAUUUUUUUUGCACAUAUUUGUUCUUUUUUUUACAAAUAUUUUUCUUUGUAUUUAAAAAAUACCUUUCGUUACUAUAUAUUGAAUGUAUUUUUGCUGUUGAUUAAAUUAUUAAUUUUUUUACAAAUUUGCAAUUAUUUUUCCAAGUUUUUUAUUUUUAAUAAUGUAAGCAUGUGAGAAAUGAUGUUAUUUUGAUUUUCC